UUGGGGGAAAGGGGGAGAGAUAGAGAGAGAGAGAGCACAGAGGCGAGAGGGAGAGAGAGAGAGAGACAGAGGAAUGGGUAAGGUAUCGACAGCCGAAAUGAGGAAGAAGAAGAAAGGGCGUCCCUCUCUCUCGGAUCUCCAAAAGCGCAAUCUCAAACAGCUGCCGGAUCAGCCAGAGGAACAGCAUCCAGAAACCCUAAUUGCUUCUGGCCCUAAUUUCAACACGCCUCCCCGUCGAUCCACUCGCCGGAACCCUAGCCUCAACGGAACCACUCCGCCCUCCGGGGCAGACCGCGUCAGCCACGAUGAAGACGAGGACGAGGACGACGACGAGGACGAGCGCAAGGAGAAAAAGGUCAAGCUCGUGGUGCGUUUGCCCCAUUCCAAUCACCAUUACUCUCACCCUAGAUCGUCGGCGGCCAAUUCCCUGUCCCUGAACUCGGCUUCCUGCGGCUCGGAUUCGAAUGCCGACGGGGACAAUCACGAUGUGCCUCUCAACAAUCCCAAGAUCAAUGCCGCUGGCGUUGGAUCUGGUGAUCAGUUAGAAAAGGUUCAGAAAGCGAUGGACACUCUACAUGGUUCCGGGUCGCAGUUGGAAACUGGCCCCACAACACCUUUGCCAGAUAAAAAGUUUUUGGUCUUCAUUCUUGAUAGGCUUCAAAAGAAAGAUACUUACGGGGUAUUCUCAGAGCCUGUUGAUCCGAAUGAGCUUCCUGAUUACCAUGAAAUUAUAGAGCACCCAAUGGAUUUUGGAACUGUGAGGAGGAAACUAGAGGACGGGCAUUAUCCUAACUUGGAUGAGUUUGAGGCAGAUGUCUCCUUGAUAUGUACAAAUGCAAUGCUGUAUAAUGCUCCAGAUACCAUUUACUAUAGACAGGCACGGUCCAUAAAAGAUCUGGCGAAGAGGGACUUUGAAAAUUUGAGACAAGUCAAUGAUGAUGGUGAACCAGAACCAAAAAUUGUGAGGAGAGGCAGACCACCUAGCAAGAAUUUGAAAAAGUCUGUCGGAAGUCCUCCAUUUGAGCGUGUUGGUCCUGAGUCCUCGUCUGAUGCAACUCUUGCUACUGUUGGAGAUAAUGCAAUUGGAUCUAAUUCUUACAAUCUGAGAAAGGCACCUAUGCCAUUCAGAUUUCGUUCGGAUGAUUCAUUAUUUAGGGCUGCUCACCAAUCCCGCAAUAGUGAAACAGGCACAGACUGGUUAUCUGAAUGGAAUAGCGAAUUUCCAGCUUCUGUUUUAAAGGCCGAGGCAAAAUAUGGAAAGAAACAAUUUCCUUUAGAUGAGAACAGGCGUGCCACCUACAAACAAUUCCAUCCUUCAGCUUUUGCUCAUGAUCCAUCUGCAUUGACUACCCUCAAUGGAGACAUAAAACAGCUGAUGGGGGUAGGUGUACAUUCAGAGCAUGGUUAUGCAAGAAGCUUAGCACGGUUUGCUGCAAAUCUUGGGCCAGUUGCUUGGAAGAUUGCUUCAAGGAAAAUUGAGCAUGUUCUGCCACCUGGAGUAAAAUUUGGUCCUGGUUGGGUAGGAGAUGAUGGGGUAUCAUCACGUUCACCAUCUGCAUUACAGGAGCAGAAAUAUUCAAACAAUUUGGUCCAUGAUGCACAUCCACAGGAACGAGUUGAAGGUGUUAGUGGACAUAAUUCCAACAACGAGUCAGAUGUAUCGAAGAGCGGUUUUGGUGGAAUAAGCCCAGGACCUUCCUUCCAGACUCAGCAGAAGCUCAUACUUCAGCCCCAUAGGAGUGGUUUCAAUGGCGUCUCAGGUUAUGAUCUUUCCUCUCAGAUGGGGAUGGUAAGAGGACGACUACCAUUGUCAACAGGUCAAUCUGGGCUGGAAGAGGCUUCCGUGCCUUCUCAGAUGCUUGGUGUGGUUCCCAGAGGGAAUACAUCAUUGACUCCUCCAUCGGUGCCUAAUCAUAUAAUACCAGAAUCCAACCUGCCCGGAAAUUCUAACAGUACACAUGAAAACAUUGCAACUCGAGUUACAGCACCCAAUUCACGUGCAGCAGCAGCACCUGAAGUGGCCUGGCAGGGAUUCUCAUCGCAGCAGCAAAAACAGUAUUCUCACCCAGUUCCACCACCUGACCUGAAUGUCAGAUUCCAGGCACCAGGUUCGCCUCGUUCUAGUUCUCGCAAUAUGGGGUCACCGCAACACCCAGAUUUAGCAUUGCAGCUGUGAUGUGAGUUGGAGUGCUAAUUUUUCUUACUGGACUUGGGCGUGAGAAGAGGGAGAUUGCCGCUGCCUGCUGGGAAUAAGUGGGGGAUCAAAAAUCCCAGUGCUGGAGAUAUUAUGGGCAGACAGACCCAACCUCUGAUACCUGAUUGGUGUUUCAGGUCAGUUAUAGAAUUGGAGUUAGAAUAGGAUAGAGCGUAGGGGGAAGAAGUCUUGUACAGAUUAAUGUACCAAUUUUUUAGGGUUAAAACCACAGAAUCUUAUUGCCAAGAUCUGAAUUGGUUUUCAGUUGGAUACUUUAAAUUAAUUACUAAUUGAAUAAAUAGCAAAAAAAGCCGCAGGAAAUGUAUUAUUAUUGUUA